AUGCCCGUUAUAAAGUACCCCAGGAUUAGAGACCCUCUCUUUUAUGAAUGGGACAGGAAAGCCCAGAAAUGUGGAUUAAGACACACAAUUUAUUUUGUAAAUGGGGACCAGUAUACUGGAGAAUGGCUGGACAACUUGAAACAUGGUAAAGGCACACAAAUUUGGAAAAGCACAGGAGCUAUUUACAGCGGAGACUGGAAGUCUGGGAAGCGGGAUGGUUAUGGCUCAUACAGCAUUCUUGACCCAGUGACCAAAGAAUACAAGAAGGUGUACACAGGCUGGUGGGAAAAUGACCGAAGAGGUGGCCGGGGGAUGUUCUCUUACCCCAACGGGGAGCGCUACGAGGGCGAGUGGAGCAAUGGUUUGCGGAGCGGCUGGGGAAAGAUGCACUACAGCGAUGGCUCCAUCUACGAGGGACAGUGGCUGAUGGAUCAGCCCAACGGGCAGGGCGUGCUGCGGCUCCCAAAUGGAAAUCGGUACGAAGGAAGUUGGAAAGAUGGCAAGAAGCAUGGCCCAGGGAAAUACUUCUACCCAGAUAAGGGACAGCUGUUAGAAGGCAUCUGGGUAGCAGAUAUACCAAAGUGUGGAGUUCUGGUUGACUUUGGCAGAGACAAUGCUCCAGCCCCUACAGAGUUUCCACUCCCAGAGAUUGAACUACGUGACCCAGCUGGUGUUUCAGCAGAGGCUCGGGCAAUGUUUGAUGACAGCCAUAAUUAAUAACCAGAUGCUGAAGGAAAAAAGUAAAUAACACGAUCCUGAGUUAUUUAUUCCUUCGAGACUCAAACCCACACUGUGGUUAUCGUGUCAUGGUUUGCUUCACCUUUCCCUCAAGGCUCUUCAGGUAUACUUCCCUCUGCAGGUGGCUUUGCUCAGUAACCUCCUCCCACCCCCAUUAUUUUGGAAAAGUAAAAAAAUGAAUGGGAAAAAACCCAAAACACCAAAACACUGGAAGACAGGCAGAGUGACUCUUUGCUCAGCUCCUCUUAUUCUUCCUGCUAAGAAAUCACACUCCUGUUGGUUUCAAGACCUUUCCUUUAGAGAAGGAAGGUUUCUAGUAUGUUUUAAAAUCAAGUAAUUGUGUCCUCCACUUUCCCCAAACACAGCCCAAUACAUAGCUGUGACAAAAAAAUGGCUUUUGAAGUUACAACAGAUCAUGUUUUAGUUAACAAGUACAGUUUAGGCCUCUAGAUAACAAAUAAUCCACAACAAUUGAGUAUAUUUUAUUUCAUUAAAGUAUUUUAUACCCAAGUAAGUGAUAUACAAUAACCAAUGUUUAAAAUGAUUGAGGUAAAUGCCUAACACCGUUAGUAUAAAUAAGGGAUAAAAAAUUUUAAGUGCACUCAAUGUUUAGAUCCAUGUGUUUGUGUCUGGUUACUGCCUGAGUACACAGUGAUAAAGGUACCCAAGGUGUAACUUUCAUGACCAUUUCCACAGGUGGAAAAUGACAAAAACAUACUUGAUAUCACGGCUUAAAGUGCAGAAAAUAUUCAGAAAAUUAGCUGUAAUAACAGUGCCAUUAGCUCAGAGCCUACCAGCUUGAGAAAACUAAAAAUAACCAUGUCCCACUAGCUUCUAAUUCUGUAUGUCUUAAACAACAAGAAAACCCCAUACUUCUCAGUCACUUUGUAGAAGAUCCACAAAUCAAUGAGAAAUUCAGCUUCCUAUGCAGAACAGCAAGGAAUUUUACAAAAUAAACUUGGAAAACUGAUUUUUUGAACUUACAUUCAGAACCAUGUAACUUCUAAAUACAAAAUUUACAGACAGAAGUAAAAUUUUUACACCUGACCACACUCUUCCAAACAGUUGCUCUAGUGUGAAUACCAAGUCAGGUUUUCUUCCUUUAGUGGGGAAUUUUAGGGGCCUGUUUCCCCAAGACAAAACUGGUAAAGUUCAGUCUUGGAUGGGAAAAUACAUUUUGUGUCUACUACCUAGAUUUUGUGUUUUGGAAUGCUGCUUCCUUAUUGCCUUUACUAAAGCAAUGUUUCCAGUGCUCCAUGAACAAACACCUGUGAUUCUGUAGUUACAAAAUCCACACCAUCAGAUUUACAUCAGGAAUAGAAAUAUAUUUGAAGCAUGUAAUGGCAGAGCUGAGAAAAUCCAGUUUGGCCUCUGUAUGCCAGAACUCAUGAAAACACCAAGUGGAAAGCUGUUUGCUGCUUGUGAACCACGACUGCUGCUGAAAAAGCAAACAGCCCAGCAGGUUGUUUUUUUAAUAGUUAUGUUUUUAGAAUACAAAGGCACCACGGGUGACCUUGUCAAUGCUUUGCAGCGCAGUGCUGCUGACAGGAGAGAUCAGCUCCCAUCUGCUUCAGCAGUAACCACACUCUGCACCUGAACUGCACAGGCACUUUGUACAGAUUGCAAGUACGUUGGGAUAACCUGAGAUGGAGGUUGGUGUGAGAGACCACGUUCAGCCCAGGCUGUCAGGCACAGCUCCACUGGACUGUCACAGUCCCUCCUGUCUCAUGGCAAAAUCCCAGGUUUCUAUUCCACAGUGAUAGCUACAACUAGUGAUAGGUAGUUGUUUGGUUUUUUUUUCCCUUUGGCUUGAAACUUGUCUCAGUUUGUGUUCAAAAACAGCUUUUGCCCAUUAAAGCCCAAAGCUCCUCUAUAGAAGAACUGUGUUCCAAAAAAUUCAACUCCUAGACAUAGCCCAUUCCAGCCCAGGACAACUGCUGGAAUCCUUCUUGGACAAACCUCUUAUGUAGGAGACCAAAUGGAAGUUUUUGCUUAGAGGAAAUGAACAACACAGUAGCCUUGAUGUCACAGAGGUGUCUGAAAGAAAGCAGCAAUAUUAAUUACAAAUGACCUAUUUUCACAAAUAAAUAUACAUCAAGAAAAGUUGUCUUCCAGAUCCAUUGAAAGCAAAAAAUGUAUAAUGAGUUAUUAAAUACAACACUUCAGCAAAAAGAACACUUUUCUAAACAAGGAAGACAAAGGCAUAGCUAAUUACUUGGGAAUCCAACACAGAGAAAAAGCACCUUUUGCUGCUUGUUUCUGAGGAUUUAUUAAAAACAUAUUUUCAAUAUAAAAGUA